CUUAUCUCGGUCUCUGCUGGUGUCGAAAGUUGGGUCGUAGUAUGGUCUGAGCUCGGUAGAGGCCCACUGUCGUGUACAUACCCGCGUGAACCCCAACAUCCUCUACUCUUUUUCCCUCAGUAUUUUCUACUAGCUUCGUAGGAAAGCUGUAUUUUUCU